UGACCUGAGCUGCGUCAUUGAGCCGCGCGAGCUGAGCGCGGUGGAACCCAGCCCCUCUGUCUUAUCCUCCAGGCGGCUGGCUCGUUUCCUCCGCGUCUGGGGACCCCGCUUCGAUGUUCUCGGUGGGCGCAGCACCCCGGAACCUCCACGGCCAUGGCCACUAGUCUGAGGACGCCCUCUUUCAGCUCCUGUUCUUCCUCCUCGACAGACCCAGACGACGAGGGAGUGCGGGGCACUUGCGAAGAUGCUUCUAUGUGCAAGAGGUUUGCAGUAAGCCUUGGCUACUGGCAUGAUCCUUACAUCCAGCAUUUUGUAAGACUGUCUAAGGAGAGGAAGGCCCCCGAAAUUAACAGAGGAUAUUUUGCUCGAGUCCAUGGCGUCAGUCAGCUGAUAAAGGCAUUUCUACGGAAGACAGAAUGUCAUUGUCAAAUUCUAAAUCUUGGGGCUGGGAUGGAUACCACCUUCUGGAGAUUAAAGGAUGAAGAUCUUCUCCCAAGUAAAUAUUUUGAGGUCGACUUUCCAAUGAUAGUCACGAGAAAGCUGCACAGCAUCAAAGUCAAGCCUUUCUUAUCACAACCCAUUAUAGAAUUACAUUCAGAGGACCCACUUCAAAACGAUGGACACCUGUUGGAUUCAAAGAGAUACGCCAUUAUUGGGGCAGAUCUCCGAGAUUUACCUGAACUGGAAGAGAAACUAAAGAAAUGUAACAUGAAUCCACAAUCCUUCCUGUUAUGUUGUCUUAUUUUGCACAUUCGAGAAACAGAGAAACCCUUGUGGCCGUGCCCAGCCUCUUCUUUCCCUUCCCAGGUGAACAUGGAUGACCGGUUUGGACAGAUCAUGAUCGAGAACCUGCGGAGGCGACAGUGUGAUCUGGCGGGAGUGGAGACCUGCAAGUCGUUAGAGUCACAGAAAGAACGGCUCCUGUCGAAUGGGUGGGAAACGGCAUCAGCAGUCGACAUGAUGGAACUGUACAGCAGAUUGCCUCAAGCUGAAGUGAGCAGAAUAGAGUCACUUGAAUUCCUGGAUGAAAUGGAGCUUCUCGAACAGCUCAUGCAGCAUUACUGCCUUUGUUGGGCAACCAAAGGAGGACAUGCACUAGGUUUGAAGGAAAUCACUUACUAAUCUGUUGGAGGCCCGUGCUGAGCCAGGAGCUGAAGCCAGUGACCUUCCCAGAGUUGCCGGGCUACAUUUCCUGGGUGGUGGCCAGACCUGGCCCGCCAGCCUCAUCCCACACCCUGAGAAGCCUCAGCACCUAGGGCUGUCACAUCACCUUCUGUGCCCGUUGACUUCUCGUUGAAAUAAACCUGUUGUUGCCAAUCGCCCA